GCAAUCAGCCCAGACAAGACUAAAAGUGAUGAUCAAAAGUCAGAUCUACCUCCAGAUGUCAGUGAACAUUGUCCAAAACUAGAAAAUAUAAAUAUAUCGCUAACUAAGAAAUCUUUUGGAAAACUAACUGAAGAAGAAAAGGAAUUUAUAACAAGAAGUCAAUGUCAUUCUGGUGACUGCCACAUCUAUAGAAUACCGUGCUGUGAUGGGUGCCACUGAACCUACUGGAGGUGAUCGUAAAUAUAUUAGAGUUAUCACAAAAAAUCAAUCAGCAAAUUUUAUCCUGGGGAAAUUUGGGCCGUGUAAUGUUGCAAUAAUAAGCACAGGCCAGGGUCCAGAUGAAACCGAUAGAGUUCUUACUUCAGUACAAAAUGAUGUGAAUGCUGAGUUUGUCAUUGCUAUUGGGAUAUGCUAUGGAGCAAAGGAGAGUGAAACUGAGGAACUUGGUGAUAAAACAAAAUUAGCUGACAUUAUUGUUGCCAAAAGUAUCAUAAACACUACAAGUAAGCGUAACGAAAGAACUGAAACUGUUGUUAAAACAAAGGAAUGCCAGUGUGGAGGAAAGCUGUUGAAUUUAUUCAGACAUGAUGAUGUUUUUAAAUUUAAAAGUAAACCAGUUAAAGUUCACAUUGGUGUCUUGGCAUCUGAAGACACAUUGCAACACAAUGAAGAAGAAAAACAGAAAAUGUUAAAACAAGUCCCACAAGUACUUGGAGGAGAAAUGGAAGCAAAUGGUAUAAAUCGGGUUGCAGAGAGAGAAGGAGGAUUUCAAUGGAUUGUAAUAAAAGCUAUUGUUGACUGGGGAAAUGAAAAAAAAGACAAAAAGUGGCAAAAGUUUGCAGCUGUCUCGUGUGCAAGGUUUGUCCGACAGUGCUUGAAAGACAAUGAGCAACCUGAUGGGGGUGACCCACUAAAGGAACUUUAAUGAGUAAACUUCUAAACUAGUUUAAAUUGAUUUUCAUAAUAAUUUUUGUGCCUUUUAUAGAAUCGUUUAAAGUAGUGAUAGACAUUUUUAGGCCCAUAACUAUUCUUAUAUUAAU